ACUCUCCUGCAGGGGGCGCCACUCUGAAAUAGUAUUUUUCAGAGGAGCAUCUGGUCGCGGUAGUGAGGGGUGGUGAUAUCUAAAGUGCUGUGGCCACCCCCUGCCUGGCUGACGGUCGCAGCUAGCGCACUGUCACGACGGAGCACAUUCUGAGCAAAAGGCUCAGGUUAUAUUUUUGGACUGCCAUGGAGACUGGCCCUUCCAUAUGUAGGAAGGGUGUAUAGUUGUGCUCAACAUGAGCCUCCCGCUCUGAUAAUCCGGGCCGGGACAAGCAGGCAGCAGCCGGCCGAUCCCAAGCAGCAGACACACAGGGGACUCCCCUGUCGGGAGUGUGUUGGUCAACGGUAAGAAGAAUAACCUGGGGUUUAAACUGCUCAUGGCUGCCAGUUAUAGCAAUGUCAAUGAACCAGGCCUGCUUUUCCAGCAGUACCCUCCAGCUCUACUGCCCAAGCCUGGCAAGGAAAAUGCUAGACUCCAGAAACUACUCAAGAAAACGGAGAAAAAAAUCAAGAAAAAAGCCGCUCCUGAGAUCGCAAAGACACCUGUCCCUUUCCGCUCAAGCCUCUCUCCUGUGAAUGAAGCAAGUCCUGACUUGGAGCACAGUGACCACUCAACCCCUCCCAAAACUCCAGAGGCAUCCUUCUACACACAGCACCCCAGAUUUUCUGUCAGGCCAGUCUAUCGUCAUGUGGCAUCCCCUUAUCCGCAGCAACGAGGAGCCACUUUUGGUGGAACAGCAAGGUUCGCCCCACAGCUGUAUGCUGCUCCAGCCCCCACCUUCCCCCAAUAUGUGGCCCCACUCUACACAUUUACUCCAACACCCCCGUCAGCCGCUCCAGGGCCAGCCUUGCAUGAAUUGGCACCCAAAAUGCCUGAGCAAACGUCCUCUGUGCUUGACGUGACAACGACAGCUGCUGCUCAAAUUGCUCCUCCAGUCACUGCUUCAGUACCUCAUCCACUCAGUGCUCCAGUUGCUCUCGUCACAGUCACUCCUGCUGCCACACAACCUACUCUGCGAAUAGCCCCAGUAGUAAUACACCGCAAAAGUCCAAGUCCACGUUUUAAAGCUACCGAAGCUGCACUAAAAGCACCCAAAUCGAUGUUUGAUGUCCCUCAAAUUAGGGUCUAUACAGCAUCUAUGUCCCCCCUCCAUGAUUAUAGUGGAUCAAAGACAUCUACUGCAGACGCAUUAUCUCUGAGUAUAACACCCACAUCAGAAAUCACAAGAGCUUUUACACCAACUGCUGAAAUCAAAAGGAGUGCAACACCUACAUCCGGGGUAAAAAGAGGUUUAACACCGACACCUGGACUCCAAAGGAGUGCAACGCCUACAUCUGAAGUGAAAAGAGCUAAAACACCAACUCAUGAUUUUUUAACACCAAGAACUCCUUUAGGUCGCCCUAAGACACCCUCAUUUCAUGUGUCCCGUGCCAAAACACCUGUUUUUGAAAUAUCAAGAACCAACCCACUUUUAUUCGCUGUAUCACCCAUUACUACAGAGGCACAGAUAUCUAACACACCAACACCUGGUACUAAUGCUGCCUGUCAGUCUUUGUCUGACCCUUCAAAAUCAUCUUCAACUAUUCUAGGUGCAAGAACUCUGAAUGGGGAAGAGACGUCAAAAGAGACUCCCACAGCUAAAUCACCUCCUCAGAACACUUCAAAACCAGAGGCUCCUCGACACGAAAAUCCUGUAGUUGAGUCUGCCAGACCAAAGACCCCGACAGGUCUAUUAGGCUAUCAAAGACCCAAGACUCCAACAGGUGUUGCACCCACAUUUGGGUACCAAAGGCCCAAGACUCCAACAGAUAUCACACCGAAAUCUGCUGCACCCUCCUAUGGGUACCAAAGACCCAAGACUCCAACAAUUGUCACACUAAAGCCUACAGCGCCCACAGAUGGGUACCAAAGACCCAAGACACCAACAAAAGAAACAUCAAAACCUACAGCACCCUCAGAUGGGUAUCCAAGGCCCAAGACUCCCACCAAUGAAGGGCAUAAACCUAUGACUCCAACAAUUGAGUAUCAAAAACCACAACCACCAGCAGGGUAUCAAAGACCAAAGACUCCCACAGCUGGGGUAUCAUCUAUAGGAUUUCAAAGGCCCAAGACACCAACAUAUGUGGAUCCUAAACCAAGCCAUACCUAUUAUGGGUUGACUCCUGCUGCAUAUGUUGCCCAUGGUGGAAUCCAAAGUUUUUCACCUUUAUUUGGAAUAUCCAGGUCUAAGACGCCGACUCAAGAGGAAUCUAAAACCCAAGAGCUAGAAGCAUCUAAAACACCUACCCAAGAGUUACCUGUAAAAUCAUAUCCUUUGCCCGAGGUGUCAAACCAGGAAGCACCCUUCAAAGAACUGGAAAAAACUAUUUCAAGUGAGGCCAUAGUAUCCAUGACAGUAGUUAAGCUUCCGCUUCCAACCAUUGUUGUUACACAAGCUGAAGAGGUCUCAGAAACAAGAGUAUCCACAGCUGUGACCAGCAAAAUAUCAACUCCCAUUGGUGAAAUGCCAAAGGUUAAAACUGUGGCAAACACAAGACCAUGGGCUAAAUCUCCAACACCAGAGGUUAAAACCCCAGUGAAGACACCAACUUAUGGAGUUUACCCAAAACCCAAGACACCCACCCCAGAAACCCAACGCAAGACAAUACCUCCUUUCUCAAAAACAGAAUCUCCUGUGGCUAAAGCCAGUGUGGUGCAACAGAAAGAGUUGAAGGAAUCAACAGAGCCUAAAAUGCCAACCAAAGCAACCUCUGAGGCUAAACCAGUAGGGACAAAGCCAACCAAUUCUUCUCCACUUGCAAAGACUGCAUCUCCUGAGAAUCUUUUGUUGCCGGCUAAACCAAAGAAUAACCAGGAAGCCAAACCUGAAAAAGUGGUAUCAGCUCCAACCACACCAUUGACAGAGAAGAAGGAAGAGAGGAAAGACUCUUUCCCAGCAGCUGAACCUCUUCUUAAAGUGAUCCAAAAGCCAAAGGGCAUGAUGAAGUCUAAACUCAGUGGUUGGUCACGGCUCAAGAAGCACAUGGUAGUGGAAGAAGAACCACCUAUGUUCACAGAAUCAGAUCCUAAGAAAGAAACCGCCAAGGUGACUGAGCAGGAAGGAGGUGAAGUGAAAAAGGAUGAAAAGGUGUUAUUUAAAGACAUGGUGGCAGCCGUAACAGCUGACGAUCCUCCCAAGGCAGCGAAGAAGUGGGAUUCUCUUCUCUUCGAUAUGUUCUCCACUAAAGAGAAGAUUAUGCAGGUGAUUGAAGCCAGCAAAAGUGAGGAGGAGAGGAAAGAGCAGCCAAAGGAUGCAGGGAAAGAAAUCCCAUCCUUCGCCCAUCGUCUGCCUGUUCUCCUUUUCAGCCCAAAGUUUGAUGCCAAAAGGCUAAGAGAGGCUGCGUCAAGGCCACUAACUAAAAUUUCGACAGUGUUUGAGAUGGGUCUCAUAGGGCGUAAAAAUAAAGAUGAGGAACCAAAAGACUUUAACAGAACAGCUAGAGGGUUCACUUGUCCUUAAACCAUGUAUUUUUGGACUGGUAAAGAUUAAACUGAGAAGAACAUUUAGAAAAAUUCUAUUGUUAAAUGUUUUAUGUGCACUGGUGUAGAAAUGGUAGUCAUAAUGUACAGUUCCCAUCUCUCGGCUUGACACAGGAUACAAUAUUUAAGACAGUCUCAUAGAGAAUGUGGUCUUAACUUUAUACUUGAUAAAUGCACCAUGUUGCAUUUUGAGCACUGAUUGUUUUGUCGUCUGACUAUGUUACACAUUUGUGUGAAUGUCUCUUUCUCUGAUAAUAUGAAAAUAUUACCUUGACAAUCAGAGGAUAAGGGAAAAUGUAUUGUUGUUUUAAAAUAAUUUAGACAUCUCGUGAGAUUAAAAUGUACAAAGAUUAAGUUAAUCUCUGAGUUAAUUUUUUUGUCCACUGUUGAACCCUGAUAGGACAAUGAGAUUCUUUUUCAGAAGGGGUCCUGAGACUGUAGUGUAAUGUACUUAGGUACACCAUUUACUAAAAACGAUAACUCUCAGUUAUAGUACAUGUCUUGAAAUCGCAGAUGAGUGUAGAGCCUAUAGACUGUAGUGAUGCAGGUUUUGGGCAUCUGAAGAAACUUGACUCCAGGGCAUUUAGAGAAAUGUUUCCAAAGAUGGAUGAAAAAAAGAGGAGAGGAUGAAAGUAGUAGUGAAGUAGGACUGUAUAUUUCCCAAAAUGGUGCUAUUUAAUGGUGCUUUCAAAUAGACUAGAUAUUCAGGUGAUACUUUUUUUUUUAGAAUGUUUGAGUAGCCUGCAGAUGCUUAUACCAGCUUGGUAUCCUUCCCUUUUUUGGACUACAGGUCAGUGAGAGUGUUAUUUGAGAAAUAGGGUUGCUAACUCCUGUGGGGGACAAGUCAGCUCUAUGAAGGAUGUGUUUGACUGUUGGUGUGGGUGGAUAAGAGGUCAGGGAAAGGGGUUGUGGGAUAUGGAAGGCAGUGACGACAGACGCUAAGACAAAUGUAUACAGGAAGUCCCUAAGGCCAAAUCCUAACUGGAGAUCCACGAAUCUCCCAUUGACAUCAAUGCAGGAUUAACGUGAAAGUAAAAUAGACUGAAAUAUCAUGUUUCACACACAGUUUUCAAAUACACAGCUUUCAAACGAGGGCUCCGGAAGGGUCAAGAACUGAGAGUGACAUUUGACCUUGAGUUUCUGUAGGUUCGUCAGCUUGUUGUAGGUGCUUUGCGUUUUUCUUUCAUGCAUGUCUAUAUUAAAAAGAUUAAGAACAUUGUCUGUUAUUGACAGAGUGAUGUUCAACUGCUUUGGAAUCUGAGAUUUUGCUGCAUAAGUUUACAGUAAAUGUUAUUUUCUAUAUAUUUUUGAUAAAACAGAAAAUAAAAAAGUUUGAAUAGAACAUUUUUUAUGUUGGUUAAUGUUUGACAUAGAAAGUUCAUCUUGAGCUAUACAAUUAAAUAGAGAUAAUUAAUUCUGUAGUGAAGAUAACGGGCAGAUCAAGGGCUAUUGCCCUUUGGUGUUUGAUAGAAGUCAUGCUAUUUAAUUGUAGCUGGUAUUUUGUAGAUUUAAAUGUUUUAUUUUUAUCCGCAGGACCAGCAGAAUAAAAAGGUGUUUUUUUGCCUCAGAAAA